AUAUUCAUUUCUCUGUAGAAGCUAGCCUAACGCCAAAUGCAAGUCUAGCAGCAUUGAUGAAAGAAUUCGUUCAUCAUCCGGAAUCAAGAUAAUCCCCUUUUUCGCAGGGCCUGAACUACUUCAUACACCCGGAAACCUAUCAUCUCAGACGUCCAUCACAUCCUUCGGUGUGCCAAAUCCAAUAAAAAGCCAGUUUCGUUCCCAAAAACUCCGCUGUGUGUAGACGCCAACUAGUUCGACCGUCGAAUCACUUACCACCCCACAUCCGCAUAUCAUGGGUUUCAUCUAUAGUCAGCUCUUCAAACGGCUUCCCUACCCGGCGGAGUCCUACGCUGGCAAAACGGUCAUCGUUACCGGUAGCAACGUCGGCCUAGGCAAAGAAGCGGCGCGCCACUUCGCCCGUCUGGGCGUGAGUACCUUGAUCCUCGCCGUACGCAGUAUAGAGAAGGGCACCGCCGCCAAAGAGGACAUCGAAGCGACCACCAACUGUGCCAAGGAUGUCAUCCAAGUCUGGCAGCUCGAUAUGGCCAGCUACGCCAGUGUGCAGAAGUUCGCCGAGCGUGUCGACUCCGAGCUGAACCGCGUCGACAUCUUCAUAGCCAACGCCGGGGUGGCGAGACUGAAGUACGCAAUAGUCGAGGAGGACAAAACGACCAUCACGAUCAAUGUCGUCUCGACGUUCCUGCUGGCAGCGCUCGUCAUGCCCAAGCUCAAGGCGACGGCAGCCCAGUUUGACACGCGGCCGACGUUUACCAUCACGGACUCCGAGGUUCAUGCCAGGACACAAUUACCGCAGAAAUCGGCGCCGGACGGGGAGCUAUUUGUCACCAUCAGCGGGAAAGAGACGGCGGACAAGUAUUUUGAGCAACAGUAUCCUGUUUCGAAGCUGCUCGAGGUGUUCGGCGUCCGCAGCAUUGCCGAGAAUCACCCUGCCUCCGUGUCUCCUGUCACAGUCAACUGCGUCAACCCGGGACCGUGUCAUUCUGAGUUAGAUCGUGAUUUGAAAACGUGGGGAUUCUGGUUGAAGAAGCUGCUCUUAGCACGGUCAACCGAGUAUGGCAGUAGGACAUUAGUUCACGCCGGGUCUCAAGGGAAGGAAACGCAUGGCCAAUAUUUAUCUGACUGUGCCGUGGCGGAACCAGCGCCGUUGGUUACGAGUAAAGAGGGUAAGGAGUUACAGGACCGCCUGUGGGGUGAGUUAGUGAAGAAGCUAGAUGGCAUUAAGCUGGGUGUAACGAAGAAUUUCUGAGUUGAAGGGCAAUAUGAUAGUCGAGAUGCAUGUUGUAAACUGCAGUUGAAGUCAUGAAACCCAAGAUAAAAUCGAGAGAUCAGAACAAACCUAGAGUGCAGCGUCUUGCCUCGUUCAAGGUGUCGAGUGGCUCGAUUUAUUCAUGGAAGACCUCCGAGACUUGGACUUCCAGCUGAACCUGCAGCUCAAAGCCUGGGGAUGGUCCAUCGCCAUAUCUGGUCCUCAGCGAUGGAUCGUAUAGGCGCAGUAACGAAAUUAGCGUAGUAUCCAGCAUCAUUGCUGUGUCUGGCAAUUUUCUGAAAGAUGACAGAGUCGUAAAGUCAAGCUCACGUUGGACUGCAAUGACUGGAAUGCUGAC